CUAUGUUCAUAUCCAGAAACAUACAAACAAUAUACUUCUUCUCUCUGUAUUAUCUGGCAGCCUAAUUCUGGUAUCAUAGAGGAAGAUUGAAUUCGAGUUCGGCCAGAAUAAAUGGCUAAACAUGGAAAAACUUACUCGGGUUCUGCGUUUUUCUUUCUGGCCUUCAUCAUGAUGAUCAUGUUUAGCUUUACUGCCGAAGCUGCAGUGAAGAAGUACCAGUUUGAUGUUCAAAUGAAGAAUAUCAGCAGAUUGUGCCAUGCCAAACCUAUUGUUACCGUAAAUGGAAUGUUUCCUGGACCUACAAUUUAUGCUAGAGAAGGAGAUACAGUUCUUAUAAACGUUACCAACCACGCUCAAUACAAUAUGUCCAUUCAUUGGCACGGAUUGAAGCAGUUUCGCAACGGUUGGGCAGAUGGACCAGCAUAUGUAACACAAUGUCCAAUUCAAACUGGAAAUAGCUACACCUAUGCUUUCAACGUAACAGGCCAAAGAGGAACACUUUGGUGGCACGCACAUAUUCUUUGGUUAAGAGCAACUGUAUAUGGUGCAAUUGUCCUCAUGCCCAAAGAAGGAACUCCAUAUCCGUUCCCCCAACCUAGCCAGGAAGUUAAUCUCGUCCUAGGAGAAUGGUGGAACACCGACGUUGAAGAGUUGGUUAAUCAAGGGAACAAGUUGGGUUUACCACCGAAUAUGUCUGAUGCACAUACCAUCAACGGGAAACCAGGGCCACUCUUCCCUUGCUCGGAGAAACAUACGUUUGUAACGGAGGUUGAACAAGGAAAAAGCUACUUGUUACGGAUAGUCAAUGCUGCACUCAACGACGAACUUUUCUUUGCCUUAGCCGGUCAUAAUUUCACAGUGGUGGAGAUUGAUGCAGUCUAUGUAAAGCCCUUCACAACUCAAGCUAUUUUAAUUGCACCAGGACAGACCACAAACGUUCUAGUUCAAGCAGAUCGAAUCCCGGGAAGAUAUUUCAUGGCUGCCAGACCAUUCCAAGACGUUCCAAUUCCCGUUGACAACAAAACAGCCACAGCAAUAUUUCAAUACAAAGGAAUACCAAACACUGUGCUUCCAACCAUGCCUCAACUACCUGCAUCAAAUGAUUCAAGCUUCGCAUUGAGCUACAACGCAAAGCUUAAGAGUCUAAAUUCCCCCCAAUUCCCAGCAAAUGUUCCCUUAUCUGUGGAUCGCCAUCUUUUCUACACGAUCGGUUUGGGAUUGAAUCCAUGCGCUACUUGCCUAAAUGGAACAAGAAUGACUGCUUCCCUGAACAACAUUACAUUCGUGAUGCCUAAAAUUGGGCUUCUUCAAGCUCACUAUUUCAAUACCAAGGGUGUCUUCAAAACCGAUUUUCCUGACCGACCUGUUACCCCUUUUAAUUAUACUGGUGCACCCCUUACAGCCAACCUCAGAACCUCUUUAACUCCUAUCCCUAGGCUAAGUAAGAUUGCUUACAACUCGACCGUUGAAUUAGUUCUACAAGACACCAAUCUUCUAAGUGUUGAGUCGCACCCUUUCCAUCUUCAUGGCUACAACUUCUUCGUUGUUGGAACCGGGGUUGGAAAUUUUGAUCUGGCCAAGGACCCAGCUAAAUACAACUUGGUUGAUCCACCUGAGAGAAAUACGGUCGGAGUUCCUACCGGUGGCUGGACUGCCAUAAGAUUCAGAGCUGAUAAUCCAGGGGUUUGGUUCAUGCACUGUCAUUUGGAACUUCACACCGGCUGGGGAUUGAAGGUUGCAUUCGUAGUCGAAGAUGGAAAAGGUCCAAAUCAGUCUGUUUUGCCACCACCAAAAGAUCUUCCUCCUUGCUAGAGUGCGAUACACGUAAACAUUUGGAUUACAAGGAAUUAUGUGUGUUUGUUGGAAGAGCAAGACUUUCACGACGAAUCAGCCACUGUUUGUUAUGCGACAACCAUCAAUUACCGAGCCAAAUUUGCUGGAAGUUAUUUGUUUUCAAAGAUUGAAAUUUAUCUGUUUAUUGAGAUUGUCUUGAGUUCAACUUAGAGACUCAUAAUCAAAUCAAUGUUGUCUAUUAAUUAAUUAAUAAAUACCAAAUUUAACCAAAGCUAAAAAUUCUUUGGAUUAGCUAAAAA